GGCAGCAGCCCUUUAAACCCCCCACUCAGCCAGCGCCCCAUCCUGUCUGUCCAAGUUCAGACACGGAGAGCUCCUUCCCUCCUGCGAGCCCCGAGGAACCCCUCUCUCCCACAACAUGGCCAACAAGGGUCCUUCCUAUGGCAUGAGCCGCGAAGUACAAUCCAAAAUUGAGAAGAAGUAUGACGAGGAGCUGGAGGAGCGGCUCGUGGAGUGGAUCAUAGCGCAGUGUGGCCCAGAUGUGGGGCGCCCGGACCGCGGGCGCCUGGGCUUCCAGGUCUGGCUGAAGAAUGGCGUGAUUCUGAGCAAGCUGGUGAACAGCCUGUACCCUGAUGGCUCCAAGCCAGUGAAGGUGCCCGAGAACCCUCCUUCCAUGGUCUUCAAGCAGAUGGAGCAGGUGGCUCAGUUCCUGAAGGCAGCUGAGGACUACGGGGUCACCAAGACUGACAUGUUCCAGACUGUUGACCUCUUUGAAGGUAAAGACCUGGCAGCGGUGCAGAGGACCCUGAUGGCCCUGGGCAGCUUGGCAGUGACCAAGAAUGAUGGGUACUACCGUGGAGACCCCAACUGGUUUAUGAAGAAAGCCCAGGAGCAUAAGAGGGAAUUCACAGAGAGCCAACUGCAGGAGGGCAAGCAUGUCAUUGGCCUACAGAUGGGCAGCAACAGAGGGGCCUCCCAGGCUGGCAUGACAGGCUACGGACGACCUCGGCAGAUCAUCAGUUAGAGGGAGAGGGCCAGCCCCCGGCCCUGCCCGUCCCCAGCUCGCCGGCCGCAGCCAUCCUGCCUAGCCUGCCUCACCCACACCCGUGUAGUUCCUUCAGCCCCGGCCAAGCUUCGAGGCUCCGUCACUGAGCAAAGGUGACCGCACUUGGGCAGCUCUCCCCCACCCCUCAGCCUCAGCCCAACUUCUUACCCCAAAGCACCACUCCCCUAACCCUCCUCCCAGCUCCCCUACUGUCUCCCACCAUCUUUCCUCAUCCUGGGCCGGGCAGGGGGGAAGGACGUGGGCCGGGGGUAGCUGGGCAGGGGGCAAGUCCACCAUCCUCCUUGGCAGCAGAUGCCCAUUGAAGGAAACCCAGCCCAACCUCCCCCCAUUUUUUUGCUGGAAUAUUUUGGGGGUUGAAAUUCAGAAAAGAAAUAUAUACAUCAAUCUUUUCUCAGGCCUGGCUGGCAGAGUUUGAUUUGCCCUAGUCACUUCUGGUUGCAGGAGGUAUGAGCAGGCAAGAGGCAGGGAACAUUUACGGGUGUUCCUAGCCGCCAGCUCUGAAGGACCCCUCGAAUUCUAGGAUCCCAGGGGGAUCAGCUUCCUUCAGAGGCCCAGGCAGAGGAAGGAGGAGAGUGGAUCUCAGGAACCGGGGACCGAAGGCCAAGAGGAGCGACUUGGCAACUUUCAUGAGCUCUGGGAGGCAGAUGAAAGGGGAUGGGGAGCGGCAGAGUUGCGUGGAAGGUUUUUAUUUUGGAAAAGCUGUGCAGAAAAACAUUCAACCAAAUGUUGCUGUGAAAAGAGAAACUUAAGCGUAAAAAAAAAAAUUUUUAGAUCAACCAACUAGCUCAGAAGAGGGGAGGAGGCCCAGGCCGGGAGGAGUCCCAGCCGGUCAGGCAGACGGCUGGCCUCCGGCGGGUAAGACCAUUUCCCUGAGCGCUUUGCAGAGGAAGACAGGGUGGUCGCAGGGCUGGAGUGGCAGUGGCCAACCCCUGUCAUAGUCCUGCUGCAGACCCACCUAGUGAAGCCGCGCAGGCCCUGGGAAGCCGCGCCCAUCCGUGGCUUUGCCAGGAGCAUUGUACCGAUCCUUCAGGAUGGAGGGUGGGGGGGCGAUGGUGAAGGAGUCAGGGGUGUGUUCAAGGUUGGCUUCUGAUCAGGGCUCAGGGAGGCAGCUGCUUUCAGGGCGGGUGUGCUGGGCUGAGGGCUAACUGCCAUACCAGUAGGUCUGAGGUUCCAGGCGGAGGCAGAAAGCGGGGGGAGGGAGAGGAAAAGACUGCAGUUUCUAGGUCCUGGGUCAUUAGAAGGACAGGCAUAUAUCCACGGGCUCUUCUCAGCCUUCACCCCAAGCCCUCUUCCCGAGGGACCCCGGUGACGUUUCUGUGGAGAGGCUCUUCUGGCCAUAGCAGGCCCUGUCCCACCCAUGCAUGGGUGAGGGUCCCUAUGACCCACAUCACCAGCUUGCCCAGGAGAAAUGAGGAGGCAGGCCUGCCCAACUGGGGGGGGGCCGAGCUCUUGUCCAAGACCUUGUCACCAGAAGCUCCUGUUCAGUCGGAGGAAGAUCCAAUGGCGUGGCCACACUAUUCUCCGGCACGAUUCCUCUGUCACUGCACCUUAAGAAGGCCCUCGCCCUCCCUGAGUGUAGUCAGAGGGUGCUCUUUCGGCCUGUGGAUUCCUGAUGUUAGCAUCAGGGCUGCCUUCUCCCCAGAGCUCCCGGGACUUCGGAGCAGCCUUCCAGGCUUCCCCAGCUUUGGGAAGGAAGAACCUGUCCCAUGUCGAGCCUGUUAAGCCUUGCGUCAGCAAAUCUGCUCCUCUUUCCCCUGCAACAGGUCUGGGGCUAGGUGAUGAUGAGGGCAGUUCAGGGUACUCCUGUCCUGGGACAGGCCCCAGUCCCCUCGAUCCAGCAGGUCUGGGGCAAGGAGAUCAGAGGUGGUGGGAGGGCCCUCACUUUCUGUCUCCACUGCAUCUGGAUCCUUGCUGUUGUAAAGUGGCACUGAUUCUAGUUCUGUCCCCUCCUCUCUGGCUUUUUGGCUUCGUUGGGGCCAGUGGCAGGGUCCAUUCCUACAAACUCGGUGAGAGGCCACAUUCCUCUGGCUCAGGUAUAUUUCCAGCAUGUAGUAAAGGGUCCAGAAGAUGGCAAAACUGCCCACCAGCACCAGAGUCUGGGAAAAGUCAAGCACCCAAGUUAGGGAUGGUUUCCCAAAGCCUGUGGCUUUUCUCAACCCAGAACAAUGAACUCAGAAAGUCUGUCACCUUCCAGGGACUGCCUCUCCCGCCCCAAAGCACUCGCCUCCCCCACCCAAGGAGCGCCCUCUCAGAGCUAGCUAGUCGAGUGGGGACCCGGCCAGCUCCUCCGAACCCCCCACUUCUCAAGUCACCUGGAGUACCCCAGCAAGGACUAAAUCCCCCAGGACACUCCUGCCUGCCCACCCGCCUGGAGCUGGAGGCUGGGCCCUCGCACCUUGAGGGUGUUAGGGGUGAUGGUGUAACCGUCCUCCUCGGGGAUUUUCAGCCCGGGAGGGCAGGGCAGAGUGAAGCCAUCAUGCAGGUAUUUUCCACUCAUGGCACUUUCUAACAGUCUGUGGAGAACAAAAGAGAUGAGGACGCCCUCCUGAGCUUGGUUCUCCCACCUCCCACCUGGAGAGGGAGGAUGCCCCACAGCAAGAAGGGGUGGGCGUGCUGCGGGUUCCCAGGGAGGUGUAACUCCCUACGUGGCCUCUUCCGGCCCCAGGAGCUGCCCCCCCCGCACCCCCCCCCCCGCACCUGCACCUGGCACCCACCUUUGCCUGUCCCUGAUGUCCACUGGACUCCACACAGAGCCGUAGAGGGUCAGCUGCCACUGCCGGAGGGUGCCAGCCCGGAGCAGCUCGUCUCCUAGAGCAGCAAGCCGGGCAGUCGUGAGGCCCGCCCCUCCGCCGGCCGAGCAAACAGCCCCGCCCGCCCCGCCUGGGGGCACUCGACCGACCGCACACUCUGCCGCUGCAGUGGUCUGUGUCCCGCGGCCCAGGGGUUCUGCAGAUGUGCCUUG